UCAAUAUUGUUUGAUCACACAAACUUGUAUAUACAUAGACCCUUUUUACGAUGGAAAAUAGAAGAAAAAUGUACUACUCGUUUAAAGCGCAAGAAAUGGAAGACGCGACCGACGGAUUCUCUCCGUCGCGGCUGAUCGGAAAAGGCAGCCACGGCAGCGUAUACAGCGGCGUCCUGAAAGACGGCCGCGUCGUCGCCGUGAAGAAGCAAUCCGUCGACGACUCCAAGCUCCGCAACGAAGCCCUCAUUCUGUCCACCAUCACUCCCAAUCCAUGCACCAUCACCUUCCUCGGCGCCACCCCCUCCAACAACAUCAUCGUCACCGACUUCAUGCCCAACGGCACCCUCCACCACCUCCUCCACCUCUCCCCCUCCCCUCCGCCCUGGCCGAGGCGCCUCGCCAUCGCCCUCCAGCUCGCCGCCGCCCUCCGCCACCUCCACGACUCAAACCCUAGCAUCGUCCACCGCGACGUCAAAUCGGCCAACAUAUUACUCGACGCCACGUGGAACGCCAGGCUGGCCGAUUUCGGCCUCGCGGCGAGAUUGUGCGAUGACGUGGACACCAAGCUCCCCGCGGGGACCAUCGGGUACAUUGACCCUAGCUACACCGCCCCAGGGAUGCUCACCGCCAAAAUCGACGUCUUCAGCUACGGCGUCGUUUUGUUGGAGCUCGUCUCCGCGAGGAGAGUCAUUGACUUGACCCAAUCCCCGGCCUCCAUUGUGGAUUGGGCGCUCCCCCUGAUCCAGCAGGGCCGGGGAUUGGAGAUUUGUGACAAGAGGAUUCGGUCUUCGAUGUACACGAGACGUGCGAUAACGAACCUCUUAGGGGUGGCAGCGCGAUGCGUGUCGCCCGAGGAGAGUAGUCGGCCCUCCAUGAGUGAGGUCGUAUCGAGUUUGCAAAUGACUCGUCCGUGGACGAUGGAUUAUGUGCGAGAAAUGGUCCGAUCGAUGAUGAGAAGACAAAAAUCUAGGGUUAGUGGGGCGAUAGUGACUACUAGUGGCGGUGGUGGUGGUGGAAACAAUAAUUUCUCAAAAGGGAGAUUGCUAGUUAGGGAAAUCUUGGCUGAUAUUACAUUGAAAUGACAGCUUGGCUUAACCCAAUUUAGCUACUGUUUGGAUGAAUUUAUAUUAAUUACUACUCACUCCGUCCCGCUUAAGAUGACACGUUUUCCUUUUUAGUUUGUCCCAACUAAGAUGGCACAUUUCUUUUUUUGGUAA